AUGGUGGAAUGUGCGCACAUUACACUGGCGGCGAAACCAAGGGACCCAGCUGCGGGAGCUGUCGCUGCACACGCACUCGACUCUCUACGGAAACUCAAUUCCCGUGACCACAAACUCCCAAGGACCUUGAUCAAGCUGCUGGACAUUAGCCUUUGGAGCAGGAUGUCUUCCACCACUGCCGUCUCCCACGUCUCUGCGACCCUCGCCUCGCUGAGACUAGCAUCCACAAGCGCACGUGUCCAGUCGUUCAGGCAAUCUUCUUUCGUGCGUUCGGCCGCACUUAAGCAGCGCCUGGGCGCUAGAGUUGCCGCUGGAUCGCGAGUCUCGGCGUGGUUCAAAUUCGGCAAGAACGGUCUCGAUGCGGAGUCGUCGGGUAUCUACGGCAGUCAAGGACGGGACGACUUCGACAGAGACGACGUGGAACACUACUACAACUACAUGGGUAUGCUGGCAGUGGAGGGCACGUAUGAUAAGAUGGAGAAGCUCCUGAACACGGGCAUUCACCCUGUGGACCUUCUCCUCAUGAUGGCCGCUUCUGAGGGUGAUAAGCCAAAAAUCCAGGAGUUGCUGCGUGCUGGUGCAAACGCCAAUGUGAAGGAUAUGGAUGGGAGGACUGCACUCGAUAGGGCAGCUGACGAUGAGAUUAGGCAGCUUAUUGCUGAUGACGCCAAGUACACUCCGAUCAAGCCUAUUGGAAAGGGAGCUUACGGCGUCGUGUGCUCAGCGAGAAACGCGGAUACAGGGGAGAAAGUGGCCAUUAAGAAAAUCAGCAAUGCAUUCGAGAAUGCUACUGAUGCUCGUCGCACUCUCCGUGAAAUUAGGCUCCUUCGGCAUCUGUACCAUGAGAACAUCAUCGCAGUGAAGGACAUUAUGCCUCCUCCGGACAGGUUCACUUUCAAUGACGUGUAUGUCGUGUAUGAGCUCAUGGAUACAGACCUUCACCAGAUCAUCCGGUCAUCCCAGGCUCUGACAGACGACCACUGCCAAUACUUUAUCUAUCAGCUUCUCCGUGGACUCAAGUAUGUCCAUACGGCCAAUGUGCUGCAUCGAGACCUCAAGCCCAGCAACCUCCUCCUCAAUGCCAGUUGCGACCUCAAGAUCUGCGAUUUUGGUCUCGCUCGCACGGGAAGCGAGAAGGGUUUCAUGACGGAGUAUGUCGUGACUCGGUGGUACCGUGCUCCUGAGCUGCUGCUUUCCUGCGACGAGUACACCUUCGCCAUUGACAUGUGGUCCGUUGGCUGCAUCUUCGCGGAGCUUCUGGGACGGAAGCCGCUUUUCCCUGGAAAGGAUUACAUCCAUCAGCUGAAGCUGAUCAUCAACCUGAUUGGUUCGCCUGACGAAGACGACCUUCAUUUCAUUUCCAGCCAAAAAGCUCGCAGCUACAUCCGUUCGUUGCCGUACACUCCCAGAGUCUCGCUCUCUCGCCUCUACCCCAGGGCCAACCCUCUGGCCAUCAACCUGAUUGAGCGGAUGCUUGUGUUUGACCCGAACAAGCGUAUCACUGUGGAAGAGGCUUUGGAGCAUCCGUAUCUGUCCAUGCUUCAUGAUCCUGCUGUGGAGCCGUCUGCUCCGGCGCCGUUUGAGUUCGACUUUGAGGAUGAGGAUCUGAAGGAGGCGGCGUUGCGUGAAAAGGUAUGGCAAGAGAUGCUAUUGGAAGCUGAGCGAAGGAGGAUGGGUGCUGGCCGGAAGACUACGACGUAUCAGUAUGACACGGCAAACCAAAGGGGAGGGGGAGGCGGAAGCAGCCAUCAGCGCGUUCAGUUCCGCCUGCUGCCGCGGGAGCAGCUGGGGGGUUGCGUGUUCGGAUGCACCAAAGAGACUUUCUCGGAAUGCGUUACAAAAGAGCUAUUUGGCCUGCCAUAUAACCACAUGGAGUACGUUCAGAACAUCAAACCGGGCUUGCCUCUUUUCCUCUUCAACUACUCGGAUCGUCGCCUACACGGGAUCUUUGAGGCAGUGAGCCACGGGGAUUUGGAGAUCGACCCUCAUGGCUGGACCGGCAAGAAUGCCGGCGAGACACGCUUCCCCGCCCAGGUACGCUUCCUGCUCUCUGCUGGCCCCUCUUCUCUGGUGCCUCCCCGAGGGGUCCCCCUCUUUGCCCUGGCGUGCCUCUCCCGGCUUCUCUUCCUCUUCAAAUACUCGGAUCGCCGCCUGCACGGGGUGUAUGAGGCGGAGCGCGCACAGCUGCGCGCAUCACUGGAGCAGAUACAGGCUGAGCUGGUGCAGGUGAAAGCGGCAAGGGAGGAGGAUCGGGCAGAGAUUGGGAGGUUGAAGGGAGAGGUGGUGAGGCUUCAAGGGGAUGGUUCGGCAUUGAAGCAGCUUCAGGCAGAGUUUGGUCGGCUGCACGCGAAACAGGGAGAGGUGGUGAGGCUUCAAGGGGAUGGUUUGACAUUGAAGCAUCUUCAGGCAGAGUUGAAUCGGCUGCAUGCGAAACAGGAGCGGGCUCAGCUGCGCGCAUCAAUGGAGCAGAUACAGGCUGAGCUGGUGCAGGUGAAAGCGGCAAGGGAGGAGGAUCGGGCGGAGAUUGGGAGGUUGCAGGGAGAGGUGGUGAGGCUUCAAGGGGAUGGUUUGACAUUGAAGCAGCUACAGGCGGAGUUUGCUCGGCUGCAGGCAAAACAGGAGCGGGCACAGCUGCACGCAUCACUGGAGCAGAUACAGGCUGAGCUGGUGCAGGUGAAAGCGGCAAGGGAGGAGGAUCGGGCGGAGAUUGGGAGGUUGCAGGGAGAGGUGGUGAGGCUGCAAGGGGAUGGUUUGACUUUGAAGCAUCUUCAGGCAGAGUUUGAUCGGCUGCAUGCGAAACAGGAGCGGGCUCAGCUGCGCGCAUCACUGGAGCAGAUACAGGCUGAGCUGGUGCAGGUGAAAGCGGCACGGGAGGAGGAUCGGGCGGAGAUUGGGAGGUUGAAGGGAGAGGUGGUGAGGCUGCAAGGGAAUGGUUUGACUUUGAAGCAUCUUCAGGCAGAGUUUGAUCGGCUGCAUGCGAAACAGGAGCGGGCUCAGCUGCGCGCAUCACUGGAGCAGAUACAGGCUGAGCUGGUGAAGGUGAAAGCGGCACGGGAGGAGGAUCGGGCGGAGAUUGGGAGGUUGAAGGGAGAGGUGGUGAGGCUGCAAGGGGAUGGUUUGACUUUGAAGCAUCUUCAGGCAGAGUUUGAUCGGCUGCAUGCGAAACAGGAGCGGGCUCAGCUGCGCGCAUCACUGGAGCAGAUACAGGCUGAGCUGGUGCAGGUGAAAGCGGCACGGGAGGAGGAUCGGGCGGAGAUUGGGAGGUUGAAGGGAGAGGUGGUGAGGCUGCAAGGGGAUGGUUUGACUUUGAAGCAUCUUCAGGCAGAGUUUGAUCGGCUGCAUGCGAAACAGGAGCGGGCUCAGCUGCGCGCAUCACUGGAGCAGAUACAGGCUGAGCUGGUGCAGGUGAAAGCGGCACGGGAGGAGGAUCGGGCGGAGAUUGGGAGGUUGAAGGGAGAGGUGGUGAGGCUGCAAGGGGAUGGUUUGACUUUGAAGCAUCUUCAGGCAGAGUUUGAUCGGCUGCAUGCGAAACAGGAGCGGGCUCAGCUGUGCGCAUCACUGGAGCAGAUACAGGCUGAGCUGGUGCAGGUGAAAGCAGCAAGGGAGGAGGAUCGGGCGGAGAUUGGGAGGUUGAAGGGAGAGGUUUUGAGGUUGCAGGCGGAUGGUGUGGUGUUGAGGCAGCUUCAGGCAGAGUUGGCUUUGCUGGUGGUGAAUGUUUACAACGCGUAUGCAGUUCCCACUUUCCAGAGAUAUGCAAAAUGCUUCCCAGAUCCAUUCUUUAGGAAAGUGGCAGAAAUUGCGACACACUCAAACCAGGUACUUGAGGAUCUUGAAUCUUGUGAUCCCCAAGUUCUUACGGCGACGCGUUCGCUGUUCGCAGAACUUCCGCUAGCGACGAUAUCCAACAUGGCUGCUUGUUUGAGGGCAGGAGUUUCCGCAGGCGGUCAGGUCGGCGGACUAUCGACCAGCUUGACCGGAAGUUUUGCCGGAAAUUCGUUACCUUGCCGUUCUUCUGCUGGACUAUCGUUACGCCAUCGAAAGUUGCACGGCGUUCGAGCUGUAGCCGAGGAUAACAAGGUCAGGGAGGAGCUUCAGAAAAUCGCAUCUGAAGCGUCCAAGAAACUCCAGAAGAUUACUGAAGACGCUUCGACCGUUUUAGAAGGCGCUGCUCAUGCUAUUGAAGACAAGGUUAAGCUCCCAAACCCCGAUGAGCUGCAAGAGCUUCAAGUGCAGACCCAGCAAGCAGCAGCAGAGGUGAAGCAUAAGGCCAAGAUUCUGGCGGAGCAACUCAAAGUCCAAGCUGAGAAGGCCAAGGUGCAGAUUAAGGAGCAGGCGGAGAAAGCGUCGUAUCAGCUAGAAGAAGCGCUGCAUCAUGUGGAGGAGAAUAAGGAGCAGAUUGUUGCCGUAGCUAAGGACGCUCCAGAACCUAUCAGGGAGAUCGUGGAGACAGCGGUGUCAUCACACUCGAAGGACGCUAUAAGGAGAGGAGCGGUGAUCCAUGACUUUUGUCUGGGAAUCCCAUAUGGUGCUCUGCUGGUGAUUGGAGGGGUGACUUGGUUCACUCUGGCAGGGAGCGUCAACGCCCUUCGAUUUGGCAUGAUUGUUGGGGGUAUCAUCCUCGCGUGUAGCAUCUCCAGCCUCCGUGCGUGGCAGAAUCACCGUCCUUCUGCACUGUACAUCGCUAUUCAAGGAGUGCUUUCAAGCUUUGUGUUCAUCAAUGAAGCAACUCGCUUCGCUGUGACCAAGGCCCUCUUUCCAACUGGUGUAGCUGCACUUGCAAGCAUUUUCAUGGUGGCCUUCUACACAUGCAUCUUCAUGUCCGGAGGAAACCGCCCUAAGGCAGAAGCAUCAAGCCUCGCCUAG